CUGAGGAGGAGGCGACAGAGAAAGGGGGUAAAGAGGGGGACACCUGAUUUCUCCUCCUGUACCCCCGGAGUGAGUCGCGCUUUCUCUGCGUCCUUCUGGAUGCCGGCUUGAACCGGGGCCUCCUUUUGCAAAACGCUGCCUGGCUUGUUUUUCUCUCCCCUCCUUCUUGUGGGGGCGCUGCUGGUUUUCCUCCCUCUCCCUUUGCUUGCUCCUUCCAUUGAAUCUUUUUUUUGGGGGGGGGGGUUCUGCGAGUGCGCGCGCUGCCGUUGCCUGGAUUGCAACCACCUCAUCUUACUCUUCCUUGAAAUCGAUUUUUUUUCACGUGAUCUAAUAGAUCAACUCUUCUUUUUUCCUCCGGAGCAGAGGUGGUGUGUGCGUGUGCUUGCGGGCCGCUUUUUUCCUUCUGGAAGGGGAGAGAUGCGAAGGGUGUGGAGGUGAUGGACGCGAGGCGGUGGCAUAGGAGCGCGGCUCCGGUUUGCAGGAGAGGAGGCGGCGGCGGCGGCAGUAGCGAUUCCUCCGAGGCGUCCAAAACGACACCAUAACCGGAGAUCGGGUUUUUUUUUCCAGUAGGGGGGCGGCGGUUGCUAAGGAGAAGCGGAGCGGCCUUUAUUGCAUUUCUCUCCCCACCCCUCCUCCUCGCAUUCCCUUUUUCUUAUUUAAAAGGAAACGAGAAAAAACAACCCGCUCUCCUCUCCCCUCCCCCCCUUCAGUUUCUCUCUGAUGAAAAUGGAUCCGGAUUUGCUAAUGACUCUUUCCGAUCCAGGGACCAAACCGGAUCGAGAGCCGCUGCUGACGCUGGGGCCCCUCCAGAAUGGGAAAUACCUCCUCCUGGAGCAAAAGAGAGGACCGGCUUUGCCCAGCCCCGAACUCGUGCUGCUUUCCCGGGAAACAACCGCGGGAAACACCGCCUUGAUCUUGCCCGGAACAGGGGACAUAAAAAAGCCUUUGGCCCUGGAGCGGGUCCUGAACGGGAUGAAGCUCGGUGAGAUGGAGCGCCGCCAAGCCUUGUUCCCCGACGGCCCCCUUGAAUUUUUGUACCGCGUGGAGAAGGAGCCGGAGGAGGUGGACCGGGAGGCCCAGGGGCCAAUCAGCGACGGGGAAACCGGUUCAGGUGUGGGCGAUAACAGUAAUCCGGAUAGCCCUGGGGAGGGUUUGGAUUUGAGGCUUGCCCCUGUCCGGGAUGGGUUGGCCUUGGAGGAAAGCACAGCGUUGAGGGAAGAGGAGCAGUUGGUUUCCUGCUCCUUCAGCCAGGCUGAGUCUCCAGUUCCUCAGGAUUUACAACCGGUUGUAGAGGAGUGGAGUGAAGGAGAACCCUUUCCACAACCCCAGGAGCCUGUGGAAGGUGAGGAACUCUUGAUCUUGGCUGGUGAGCCUUCUCAAGAGGAAGAGGAGGAGGAAGGUCCCUUAGACAGAGGUCUUCCAAGCUCCCCUUGGACUAAAGAUAUGGAUAGCUGUGACUCUCAAAAGUGUCCGCAGAGCCCUUUACUGCGGCCUUUGGAUUUGGCUCUUGCUCCCCAAAUUGGCACGGGAGUGGACCUCUUUCCUGCUUUCCAUUCUCCCAAUGAUCUCAGCCCGCACCUUGAAUUUGGGCACACCGAACACAUAGAGGAUGAGUCUCCAAGUUCUCCAGAUGAUGCUCCCCGGCUCCGAGCUGUCUUCGAUGCCCUGGACCGUGAUGGUGAUGGAUUUGUCCGGAUAGAGGAGUUUGUCCAGUUUGCUACGGUUUAUGGAGCAGAGCAGGUGAAAGACCUGACCCAGUUCUUGGACCCCGCCGGGCUUGGAGUGAUCAGCUUUGAAGACUUCUAUCGAGGAAUCUCAGCUAUUAGGAACGGAGCAGUUCCUGACAGCCAGCUCUGCACUAUGGGAUAUGCCCAUGACGAACCGCCAUCCGCCUGUCCCGAUGAGUUUGAUGACUUUGUCACAUUUGAGGCAAAUGAAGUGACAGACAGUGCGUACAUGGGCUCAGAGAGCACCUAUAGCGAGUGUGAGACUUUCACGGACGAAGACACCAGCACGCUGGUGCAUCACGAGAUGCACGAUGAAGUAGAAACGGAUAGCGCGAUCGAUUCCGCUGUGCACUCGGAGUUCACGGACCCCAUCGAGGAGCCUGAGAACGGAUCUCACCCUCAUGACCUGCCUUUGACCUCGGACAUUAACAAUCACUCCAUCGUCACCGUACUCAGCGGGGAGGAGCACUUUGAGGACUACGGGGAAGGGAAUGAGGUGGAUCUCUUCUCAGACAGCUUGUGCAACGGAGAAAGUGGCUUCAGCAGUUCAUCCUUCCUCUCUCCCAGCACCAACCCACUUGCGGCGAAACUGCACAGCAUUAUCACUGACGAGGCGUUUGAGUUUUACUGUACCCAGUGCCACAAACAAAUCAACCGCCUCGAGGACCUGUCUGCUCGCCUAAAUGAUCUUGAAAUGAAUAGUCCAAAUAAGAGGCUCUCAAGCAAGAAGGUAGCCAGGCACCUUCACCAGACAGGAACCCUCCCUCUGGAUGUCAUGGAGGAACCCUUCCGGAACAACACCGAAUGCCUGGAAGAGGACAUCACUGAUAAGGUGAUCUUCCUAGAGAAAAGAGUGACAGAGCUGGAAAAGGACACGGUGGCAAAUGGGGAGCAGCACAGCCGCUUAAAGCAGGAAAACCUACAGCUGGUGCACAGAGCGAAUGCCCUGGAGGAGCAGCUGAAAGAGCAGGAGCUGAAAUCGGAUGAGGUCCUCAUGGAUGAAAUUCGGAAACAGCGGGAGCUGCUGAGCAAGAUGGAGCGGGAGAAGAGCAUUGAGAUCGAGAACCUCCAAGCCCGGAUACAACAGCUGGAUGAUGAGAAUGGCGAACUUCGGUCCUGCGUCCCUUGCCUGAGAGCCAAUAUUGAGAGGCUAGAGGAGGAGAAGCAGAAGUUGCUAGACGAGAUAGAAGACCUCACAAUGCAGCUCAAUGAGGAGCAGGAGAACAAGAAGAAGUUGGGAGACAAGCUGACCCACGAGAGGCACCAGUUCCAAAAGGACAAGGAAUCUACCCAGGAGUUGAUCGAGGACCUCAGGAAACAGCUGGAGCACCUGCAGCUCUUCAAGCUGGAAGCAGAACAGCGAAGGGGCAGGAGCAGCAGCAUAGGCCUCCAGGAAUACAACAGCCGGACGCGGGAGACAGAACUGGAGCAAGAGAUCAGGCGGCUCAAGCAGGAUAACCGAAACUUGAAGGAACAGAAUGAUGAGCUGAAUGGGCAGAUCAUAAACCUCAGUAUUCAAGGCGCCAAGAACCUCUUCUCUGCUUCCUUCUCUGAAUCUCUGGCUGCAGAAAUCAGCUCCGUCUCCAGAGAUGAGCUAAUGGAGGCGAUUCAGAAGCAAGAAGAGAUCAAUUUCCGGCUCCAGGACUACAUUGACCGGAUCAUUGUGGCCAUCAUGGAAACCAACCCAUCCAUCCUGGAGGUCAAGUAGGAAGCUGAGAACUGCGGUCCUGAGUGACACUUGGGUGCAGUGCAUUUGCUGCUCUUGAGGAGAUGCUGGCAAGUCUUGGCUCUUCUGCAAAGAAGGCGCGGGAAGCCUCACGUCAUGAAAUUGGUUAGGUGGUGGAACCUGGUGGACUUGUGGGAGAGAGAGGUGGCUAUUGAGCCUGGCCGCGCUGACUCCAGUGGGUUUUUGAGCCCUUGUGAUUCGCGAGGGUUGGAUGGGGGUGGGCAAAAGGAAAGCUGGAGGGGGGGAAAGGCGCUGAACACAGCGAGAAAAGGGGGUGGGGGAAUGGGAACGCACACCAGUAGCCUGCCGUGCUGGGCUGCAACUUGAAACCCUCUUCCUGUAAGCUUAAAACCCUGCCUUGCACACGCAAAGGGGAGAGAAAAAAGGUCCAAAUCUCUCUUGCCCCGCAGCAGCCAUCACAGGGGAGAUGAAGAAGAGGAGAAGUUCUCCACUGCCCUCCCUCCCUCCCUCCCUUGCCUUGCCUUGCCCACCCCAUCCUUCCUGAAAACUCACUGGGAGACACAUCAGUUGCACUCUGCAGCAUCUCCCUUCUUGAAGCUGUGGGCGCCCUCCAAGAGGGGUCAAGGCCACAAGACACGUGGAUGACUUUUAUCACUGAACCAGUGGAAGGGGAGAAAAGGGCCCUUACCUGGUCUGAAAGUUUUAGUCUCUCUAGUUUGCUGAAGCAUCCCCCUGUUGCACCCAGCAAAAUAUUUGAGGGAGGGGGUUUGCGUGUAGUUUGUGUGAUCCUUUCAACCCCUUUCCUUUGGCAAGCUGCCUUAAAAAAACAUGGCUGGCUUGUUUCCCAUCAGAGGUUGCAGGGAGGUGAACAGGUUCUGGCAGGUGGAAAAACAGGAGAGGGGCUUUCUGGCAUUAUAGUUUUUAAAAAUAAUUGCCUACUUGACACCCUCUGCUUGAAGACCUAGUCACAGCUGAUGGCUAUUCUGCAGGCCAGCUGCCCACCAGGUGAUGUGGUUGGUCUGCUGGAGGCACCAGGGGUGGGGAUGCUCAGCUGAUGAUACUUCAGUAGUGGAGGCAGAGCUGUUCUUCCCCUCAGGUGCAGCAGCAGCCACAUCCAUUCACUUUCACUGCACACCUUUAUUUUCACAGCAGUUUGGUUACUUUAAGACAGGAAUGGAAACUUUUUUUGCGGGCAGGGGGAGAGGAGAUUUCAGGUACUUCAGACAGAGAAGCAAGCUGUUCAGCUGCUGACAUAGCCAUGUCUUUGCUGCACAGAAUAUUCCAUUAACCAAGAAUGAAACUUAUGCCAUCAUAUCCAUACCAAGAGUCAAUUCUAAAAUGGUUAAAGCUGGCAGGAUUUGUUUGCUUCAUUUUGCAUAACUUUUGGGACAGGAUGAGAGAGAUGGAUGUGUUGCAACUUAAUCCUCCCUUCCUUCUUCUCUUCUCCUCCUCUCUAAGCCCAAUUGGAAGAAAAAGCAUAUGUUCCCUACCUCCCCAUCCCAAAUUUUAUAGGAAAAGGUUGGUUUUUCCCAUACCUAAAAGGUAUGCUGUCUCCACAGAACUAGAAGGUUAAGUUGUUCUAUAUAUAUAUAUAUUUUAAAAUCUGGCCCUGUGGGUUGGUUUUAAAUCAUGUUUUGCUUGGGGGUUUCUCUUUUUAAUGGCACAACUAGGGAACAGGGAAGGUGGAGUGUAAAUCUAUUGUUGAUGGAUCCUGCUGCUUUGCACAUAGAAAACAUUCAGGACCUCCUAAGAAGGGGCACUGAUUGGCCAUUGCCUAGGACACCCAGCGAAGGUUUGGUUCUGGGAUGGAGCUGAGAGUUCUGAGUUUUUUCUGGGUGUCUCUCUCUCCCUCUCCCUCUCCCUCUCCCUCUCCCUCUCCCUCUCCCUCUUAGAUCUCUCCGCCCUCUCUUAAAGCACACACAUUUAGGCACAAGGUAUGUAGCGGUACCCCACAUACUUGCCUGAGCCAUCUAAGCAUCUGGCUCUCAUGGAGAGCAGAAGUGGGCAGUGACAGUUGACAUAUCUCCUUCCUCCUGGAAAACAUAAAGUGCUUGAGUUCUCAACCCCUGAUGUACAGGGAAAGCAACAAUCCUAUUCUGUUUUUUUUUUAAUUAAAAAAUGCACCAAAGUGAGCGUCCCAAUCCAAGGUCACUGGGUUUUGCUCCUAUUGAGCUCAAUUGCAUUUACCAGGUUCCCAGGAUGAAUUGCAGCACCAUGGCCAGAUUAUGUGGAACUAUUUUUUUGUAUUAUUAUAAUCAGUGGGUUCAUGCUCUAUAAUUUCUAGCUAGAUCAAGUGUGGGGGUGAGGAACACAGGGACAAAAAAUGUGGAAGUGUUUGCUUUUCCACCUGGACAGUGAUUCUUUGAGCUCAAACACCCACCUUCACAUUUAUCCCCUUGUUGUGCCCACUCAACCACCCCUGAAAUCUGGAGAAAGAAUCCACGUAUUGUACAUUUCCAAUGGACUCUUGGGUGUAAAUCAGUGUAUACUUGGAAAAGGAAGGCUUUUCUUUUUCUUUUUCUACCUUGUAGAGUUAGGUAUUUUUAUAGAUUGAUGGCUGAUCAAUUUUUUAAUACUUAAAAAAAAGAGAGCAACGUAUCUGUGUAUACAUACACACACACACACACACACUCACGCACGCACACAUAUAUAUAUGUAUAAUGUACAAAUCUAUAAAUAAGCAGAUCUGCCUUUCUUGACUUGGGCAUCUACGCCCACGAUAACACACACACACUCCUCUCCCAGCCCUCCCGGUUGAUCACAAAGAGGUACUGUAAUGUAAAUAGUCACAGGAGGGGGAAAAUUAUAAUAAUAAACCAACAAAAGUGAAGCACUGGCUUGCACACUGCUUUAAUUUCCUGCGGAAACCUGUUCUUCCCUGCUGGUAUGUGAAGGAACUUCCAGAAAGAGGCGAACAGUAUUUGUCUUAACGGGUGUACUGACUCUUGUCUGAUUAAAAGCUGUUACCGUCUCUUUGCUGGAGACCAGUCUC